GUCGGAGUCCUAGUGCGACUCGGUUUCCAAUUCCAUGAGCUAUAUAUGACCCACACCACAUUAUCGAUCGAAGGAGACUUUAUUCUUCGAUUCCAAGCUCUCUUUGCGCAAUCUCUCGUUGCGAAUCCUCCCUCUCUCUAUCGCUCUCUCGAGUGAUAUUGAGGCUUACGAGUUUUUUAAGUUGAACCAUGGGAAAGAGGAAGUCGAGGGCGAAGCCGCCGCCUAAGAAACGAAUGGACAAGCUCGAUACGGUCUUUUGCUGCCCGUUCUGCAACCACGGGAGUAGCGUCGAGUGUCGCAUUGAUAUGAAGAAUCUGAUCGGCGAGGCCGCAUGCAGAAUCUGUCAGGAAAGCUUCAGCACCACCGUUACUGCACUUACCGAGCCUAUUGACAUAUACAGCGAAUGGAUAGAUGAAUGUGAACGUGUUAACAAUCUUGAUGACGACACUGCCUAAGUGCACCUAUUUGCUGAAGAGGUUCGUAGUGAGAGUGGAAAAGUGAUGCGUAUGCUUCUAAUUUGUACCAUAUGAUCAUGUUGUGUAUAUCUAUGUAGUUGACAUGAUUUAUUAUCUUGUAGUGGACUAAUGGCUGUUUUCCUCUCAGUCAGCAUUUUUAUGCUAUUUAGCAAUUAAUUGAGCCUACUAUAAUUGAUGUGUUAUAAA